UUAUCCAACCACCACUCUCGAUCGAAAGACCUCUCGCUCUCCUGAAAGCCGAGUGCCCAACGUGCCUCCUCCCAGUGCCAGAGACGUGCCCCCUCCCAGCCGGUACCCGCGGGCUACCAUGCACCUCGUCGGCGUGCCGCUGCUACCAGCACUCUUAGUGAGUUACGGGCCGCAUGCAAGUGCGCAUUAAAUGUGUCGGUAGUGUGUCGUAUUCGUUCCACUCGCACUUUUCCACGUUUCACCAUCUAGAUUCUUCUCUCAGUAUAUUACCAAACCAUCGCUUUUCAUUCGAACGUAUUCCACCCGAUGGAGCUACAUCAGCCGGAUACUCGGCGUGCUUCUUCACGCUCCUGCACGCUGUUGUGCGAUGUAUCGUGAUAUUUCUUCGCUAUAGUGUUAGAAAGCUUUCCAAGAAGAGAAAGGGAUUCGCGUAGAGCAAUACGGUCAAUUUUCUAUACAGACUCGUAGUCUCGUGUUUUGAUGGACAUCAUCGACGAAAAAAGAUAAAACGAGAAUCAAUUGUAAUGUAUUCCAAUGGAGGGAACUGCCGCUUCUCAUUACAUGAGGGGGAGAAGCAGAAGUAGGAGGAGAAUAGAGUAACACACGGGCAUGAGAAAGACGACGGUACGGGACGAGACACUUGAAGUGCGCGGCGCGCAGGCGGAAGUUCGACGUGCGUUGUUAUGUUUUUUGCGGAACUAAAUGUGCGACGUUGUUAUUUGCCACGGAUUUUUUGAUCUGUCGUUUUCAUUUCAAAACUAGUGUGUGGUGUUGAUGAGAUCAUGAUCUUUGCUUGAAUUGCCUUUAUGAAUCGUUCGAAUCAAGACAGAGAGAGAGAUAAUAUGAAAAGACUGAGCAGUGCAAUAGACCAGCGAGACAGUGUAAUAGAAACAAUUAAAAAAUAAGAGAAGGUGACAGAAAGAAGAAAAGAAUAUUUGCCAACGAACCGGUGAUCGCUAUCGUAUUACGUAGUUUUGCGUUUGUGUUGUUAAUAGCAAUGUGCAUGCGUUGACGUGUACGUGUACGAAAAAGACAAGACAGAAUAUAGAAACAUGUCGGUCUGCUGCGCGCGCAUGUGAUUGUUCUCCCGCGAAAAUGCAAUACAAGAAUGUGAAACUCGAAUUGGAUAGGAACGUACGGUACCGAGGAUCGAUUCUCCGCACCUCGAACGAACGAUACAUGUAAUGUACAUCCUUUCGACAAGCAUAAAAUAUUAGAAGAUUAACGAAUCGACAGCUUAGCGUAGAGCUGUGCUUGAAAUAUCUCCUCGAAAUUAUUCUUUGUAACGAGAAGACUUCGAAUCGAGGUCACCUAUGUACCGUGAAGAGAACGAGCAAAACAGAACCGCAAACCUGGUUCCCCAGCAGUCAAAUGGUGCAAACACGUUUGAGCAUCUGGAACAUUCGCAGGACAGCAUGGAAAACGGGGACGAGGUGGUUUCCACACGGGUCCAAACGGACGCAUCGUCGUCCACCAACAGCACGCCAAGACCACGUGCACCACGAAAUUGUGCCCGAUGUCGCAAUCAUCGGCUGAAGAUCACUCUAAAAUCGCACAAGAGGUACUGCAAGUAUCGUUAUUGUAACUGUGAGAAGUGCAAGAUCACAGCCGAUCGGCAACGAGUGAUGGCGCAGCAGACAAAGCUAAGAAGACAACUGGCGCAGGACGAAGUCAAAGUCAGAGCGGCAGAAGAGAAAUUGAAGAAGACGAAAGUUUGGAGAUCAUAUGAAACAGUGGAUCCACUGCCAUUUGGUGCAGAAAACGAUCGAGUUUCGUCUAUUCCUCAGCCAGCUAUAAGUAUCGAGGGUAGUUACGAUAGCAGCAGUGGCGAUUCACCGGUCAGCAGUCAUGGUAGCAACGGCAUACACACUGGUUUUGGUGGUGUCAUCAGUAUUCCUCCUUCCAGAAAAUUACCGCCGAUGCAUCCCCAUACCGCAACGAUCUCCCACUUGCCGCAGUCGCUAACCAGUGAAAGCGUGGAAAUCCUGCUGGAACAUAGUACCAAGCUCGUAGAACUCUUCCAAUAUCCUUGGGAAGCGAUAUUGUUGAUGUACAUCAAUUUAAAAUAUGCAGGAGCUAAUCCCGAGGAAGUCGUGAGGCGCAUGGUCGAUGCUAGCAACGAAAUUCGAAAUAUGCACUUCUGGAAAGCAGUCAGGAUGACCCAGCCUAGUCGAUCGUUCCGUUGCACCGCAGCAUGCACUGCGCCUACGGCACCUCCGACAGGACCGCCAACUUACGAGGGCCACGUGCCUUACAUAGGGGUUGUACCACCUCCGAAUCCUGUCCACUACAGACCGUUUCUGCGGCCCGAGAAUGCUCAUAUACCAGGAACGAGAAUACCAUCGAGCCCGGAUGGUCCUCCAGAACAUUCAACGUAGCCUCGAUCGAUAAACAACCAGUGAAGUAAAACGUUUGGAAGAACAGAUCGAACCCAAAGAGAAACGAGUAUGGCGAAGAAGAAGAAAAGAAGAAGGGGAAUAAGCGUACGUAAAGGAUCUUUGAGGAGGGAAACAACGAGCGAGUGGAAUCUCUCCUCCAUCUCUUCUCAAUGGAGAAUGUUCUCCAUUUUAUCCUAAUGUGCAUUCUCUGAACAGUCGGUUUCGCCACUGCACCAGUCGAAUGCCGAGUUCACUAUUAUGUGGAACCUUUGUACUUUUUGGAAAUAGCCUCCGGCUAUGUUGUUUGGUUCUCUCGUGUCGAUAUUUAUCCGUAGUAUAAUACGCGAGAAAUUUAGUCGUUCGAUACCAUGAAUGGGUCGACACGAGAAAGUCUCGCCGACGGUAAGGCGAAAUUAGGAUUAAGAGAACUAAAUUUUCUUACUGUUUCGGAAGAAAGGAAGGAAAUACUAGAGCCUCCGAACGAUGGAAAAGGAUGCGUAUCAUUCACGGACGAUCGAUAAAGGAAAAUAACGCUCCAUGGUCCCUCCCCCGUUCGAACAACAGUUUUGCGAUUCGAGUGCCGUGUUCCGAACGCAAAAGAAAUUCAGUUGCAAAUAAAAUUCAUAGAGCAAGAGAGCGUGAAAAAGAGAGUAAGAAGAGGAAGAGAGAGAGAGAGAGAGAGGGAAUGAACGCAAGAGAAUACGUUGUGUUUCGCAGGGUUCUUCCCGUUGUUGUUUUUUUCUAGGCUGACCGAGAGAACAAGAAAAUCAUAAAGGUUUUUGUGAGUGGAUAGUGGGAUGCCGAGGUUCAUGGACAACCUAUACCUCGGGCACCCCUCGUCCUUGCACGUCCUUCGGUUCGUUAAUCGAAUCUUGCUCGCUCCUUCUUUCUCUUGUUAUAUUUCAUUUUCUCCUCUCUUUACGUUUUCCUUUUCCUUCCCACUUUCAAUUUGUUCCUUUCAUUAAAUAGUUUCCCUUCGAGUUAUUCUCUUCUCUCUUGCUCUCAGCGCGGAAUAACAGAGCGCAUCAUGUUGUCACGACAGGAAACGAGGAACGCAUGUUGGAGCUUGUUCGUAAGAUUACGAGAGACGACCAUCGCCGACCGGUUGCUAAAGCUCAGUCGCCCGUGAACGAGAUCGCUCGACAGUCUUUUCGAUGAUCAAGUGUCAUCGUGUGCUAUAAAACUCGCAUGUACGGCCGGCCGAGUUCCUCUGGCUUGGACUACAUAUUUUGAAACUCUUCGUCGUGCUCGGCUCCGCCUCGUAGUUUCACUCAUUUCCACAGGAAAGUGCUUUCGUUCCGUUCGCGGUGGAUGACAAGUGUCGAUGAUCACGGUUCUUGCCGGCUCUUGACACACGCACGACAACGUGAUUCCAAGAAACAUACUAUCUUCUCACGUUCGUUACAAUCCUUAUCUCGACAAAUUUCUAACGUGUUAUCUCCAACUAUGCUCCUUUGAUAACCAUGUUAAUCUUGGAUGCUUAAUACGAACCACUAUGGUACCAAUCGAACGAAAGACAAGCGAACAAUGAGAAAAGAAGGUGAGGCAAGUGACGCGUUGGAAGAUUCGUAGCGAAUGGAUAACAUAUACGUGCUCGCUUAAAUUUCAACAAAUUGGGAGUGCGGAUCGUAGCUUUCGAAGGAUCGAUACCUAUUUUAUCCUACGAAUAUUCGUUCCUAUUUCGAUAACUUCGAAUCCCUCGGCUAGAAAAAGGAAUAAAUCUAGCGAGAACAAAUAUAUUUCUCAUUUAUUCACGCUAUUUUCUAUUCGCUUCUUUCACAAAUAGAUUUAGAUUACGCGAUUGAAACAGUUUGGUAGAGUUCGAGUAACGGUCAGUAGCGGAGCUGGAUGAUUUCGAAUUUACGUGAAACAAUUCUAUUGGAAUCUAAGCGAGCACUGUUGUACACACGUACGAAUGAACAACGUAAUUAAAAACAAGGUAGAAAAUGGUGUAUUUGAGAGUAAAACGGGUGAAUUGAAAGGAGAUCGCGCGAUUAAUUAAACGCGUGCGUGCAUGUUCCCGUGAUUUAACCGCGGACACGUACAUAUGUAAGCAUUAAGGUCUUAUUUUGCGGGCGAAUCUUGCUAUCUUGUCGCGUGAUUUUCGUUCCAUCAAAGAGCAACGAUCGUCGAUGAAUUUCAGCUAGUCGCACGCUUGGUCAAAGUCGGAUCUUAAAGAAAACCGAUUGCGAUAGGAAAUCCUGACAGAGCGUUGAGAAUUGCUUUAAAACUGCCGACAGAUAUUUGACAUGUUAUGGUUUAAUCGUAUCGUGCGAUUCCAGUAGUUCCUUUGCUCGAUUCGGUAUGAUAUACGAAUUCUCUGUGUUUAUUCGAAUCGGGCAAGUUUCGAAGUAUGCGCAAACCUGAUUCAGUUAUGUUAACCAGAGAGCUUUCCGUUGUUGCCAAGCGUGCUAUUAUAUGCGAAGAUCGAUCAUAAACGUGUUUGUAUUACGCGGAAUGGCAGAGCUCGCAGCACGUUUUCUAUGAAGCGAUAGAUUAUAGUAACGCGAAUGUUCGCGUCCUAAACCUACGGGUAAAGAGAUACACGGACGCGCAAUCAAGAAAUAGGUGGAUAUUUUAGUUGCACGGACGUGAUGUGACAAAACGUUGGUUGAAAAACUGGUCGUUCCAUUUCUCGGCAAAUUAAUUUUCAAAUAAGAACACCGAGAGCUGUCUCUUCGAUAUGCUGUUUCAUUCUUACCUCCCUUUUUUCCUCUGCACUCCGCCUCGCGUCGGUUGGUAUCCUCCUCUUCUUUCCUUGUGAGAAACACACCGUGAUCCUUCUUUCACCCCUUCCUCCGUACCUUCGUUCCUUCUUUCUAUUUUUCUCUCUUGCUUUACCUUCUUUUUUUCAUAUCCAUACCGCGGAGAACACGUUCCGAGCAAAAAUCUGAUGUCGAAACCUAAUUGGUUGUUAUCCGUACAGAGCUUAAUGACUUGCUCCGAAAUGACUCGCAUUUAAACGAAUUUGCGCUCCUAUAACGAGUAUGCGUACCAUUGACGCUUACCACUUCAGAAUCAACGCGCAUCAUCGGCCUGUGCAUUUCAUUUACACGCCAAAGCUUACAGAUAUUUUUCGAUUUACCUUCGCGACAGAGAAUUCGAUCAAAGAAACGGUCUAUCGAUAGAUCGCAUUUGAUCUAGUUGAAUUAUUAUUGAGCAGAUAUGCGGAAUUUGUUGAUAAUCGGCAAAUGAAUAUGUAUAUCGAGCAAAAGAAAUACAGAUCGAGAAUAUAGAAAAGGAGAAUAAUCGAGGCGUAUUAAUGAUGUUACGAGGAUUGAUCAUGGAUGUACGAGCACUGGUCACGUUUCGAAUGCGUGUGCAUGUAUAAAAUUACGCCAUGAAAUUAAGAAAAUGGCGUGUUUCGUGACUGGUAUACCGGAAAUGACACGGUCGUACGCUCAAAGUAAAACGAACGGAUAAAUCCAGCCUUCUCUUGCGAAUGAAUUGUGGGGAAGAACGAUUGCGGUUAAAAUAUCUUGAUGGAUCUGACAAAAAGCUACGAAGGUGGUCGAUAUCGGAGGAAAUAUCUUAAUUUCGCAAUUUUUUCUUUCUUUCCUCUUCUGUUUGUUUUUUUUUUUUUUCUUCCUCAAAGAAUGGAAUCGAUACACGAAAGUCGCUGAGGUGCAAGAUGUAUUCAGAGAAUUUUGUGGUCGGUUUGUAAGCAUCGUUUAUUAUUUGUUCGUGUUAAUUCGGCUUUUGCCAGACUUCUGAAUGAUUUAGAUUUAACAAAAGACGGGUUCUGUUUGACAGGAUAGUGCAUUAUGAAAGAGGACUGUUUAGAAGAUUGAAUUUAGAGACUACAAUAAAUCUCAUCUGAUUUGAAAUCCUUGAAAUAAUUGUCUAAUCCACACAUUCUAUUAAUCUGUAAAUUAUUAUGACAGCAUUGAAUUCUAUAGAUAAAGCGUGAAAAUGUUUAUAUCGUUACGAAUGUUACAGAGGUGGUUGAGUUUGUAUGCUAGAAAAUUAUUUCUACAUUGAAUUUUUUUAAGUUUCUCGUGUAGGUAAUAUUUCCUGUUUUUUAUUUAAUGUGCACUUGUUUUAGAAAGGAUUUUCAAUAUGAAGCUUAAGUUUUUACAUCUGGUAUACAUUUAUGUAAAUUUCUAGAAAGUCUAUGCGAAAAAUACAGUUCUAUGCAGGAACUUUUCAAUCGUGCACUCGAGAUUCGUAAAUUUGAUUUCGUGACUGAAACAUUGCGUUAUUGGUCGAACAUUUAUUGCUCGUUGGAAGCUUUCCCAUAUUAAUUUAGAGUCAUACAAGUGUAAUAUCUAUCUAAAAUAAGUAGUAUACGUUAUUGAAAUAAAAAUAAUUUUGUUACAAAGGAAAAAUCGAUACGGAACAAUUUUAUAUAUAUUUAUAUUAUUAGUAUUAAUCUUGUAUAAAAAAUUAAUUCGCAAUAUAAUUUAAAAACUUUCAAAAUUCUUAGACGUUUCUUCAUAUUUAAUAAUUGUGAUUAUUUAUAUUUACUUGUUACGAUUUUUCGUGACGUUGUUUCUGCGUUAAUGAAACCAUUAAAAAUAUCACUCUCAUAAUUUAUAAAUAAAAUAAUUAAUUAGUAUGGUUUCCUCAGUCGUCGACAUAAAUUAAAUCUAUUGUAAAAAGUGUUUGUAAGUAGAAAUUACAGAUACAACGCAAGAUGCAGGUUGGCGUUAUGAUAUAUUCAUUUUGAAAUUCAAUCAAGAAAAUAUGCAUGUAUAACACACGUUUCCAAAUCCAUUCUGUUCAGUUAUGGAACGUUCUAAGUGUCAAUUUGAUUUGGCAUGUAUCAUUGAAAAUACCACCUCGAGGCAUUCGUAUUGGUUUCUGAAUAAACGUAGAGUCGCAGAUACAUCUCGCGAUUCAUACACCCUGCUGUUUUGUCGUCUUAAUGCUUCUUGUAUCUAAUGAUAUGUCAGAUGUUUCAUGCACACCCGAGCCCAGUAAUGUUUAGCAUAAACGAUCGAAACACGGAGGGAAUCGAAUUAAUGCCCUGUAAUUUCGUACUUCCGGCAGCUUGUUGCCUAAAACCGUCAACUUCGAUGGAAAACUUUUGACAUCGGCGCGGUUCCAGGUGUUGAAAGAUAACGAAGAGAGAAAGAAAUUCGCUGGAGCGCGCUCGUUUAAACGGAAAUAUGCUUUACGUUCACGCUUUCGGUAAUCAAAUUUUACGUGUUAUCGAUGAGUAAAAAUUACCAUGGUAUGCACGGAAAAGCGUGCAGAUAGUGUUACGUAUAUUAAAAGCGUAAGGGAAAGGCGGGAGCUGCAGACUCAGUAUGAAGAUACGAUGAUCUAAUGGAAAAAAUAUACGUUACAAAGGAAUAUUAUUUAAUACUAUAUAGAAUACUAUUUAAUACUAUAUUACUAUAAGAAAUACAUUAUAUAUAAUAUAUAUAUAAUGAGAGUGUAAAAAAGUUUCUCUUCGGAAAUAUUUAGUUUAUUAAGGAAUAAACUUGACCUCGUUAUACAGGAUAAGACAAAACUCGGCGAACAUCGACUCGAGUUUUAAUAUGUAAAGCGUGCUUUCCUUUAAUUUUUCUUUUGUCAAGUAAGGUGGAUUGUUUCAGUUUUUUGUAAAUAGGUUAUUUAAUUAAAGUGACCAAGAUCCCUUAAUACAUA